AUGUCCGACCAGUGCGACGGCUUACAAGGUUUCCUCUUUACGCACUCAUUGGGAGGUGGUACCGGUUCCGGUUUGGGUUCUUUGCUUUUGGAGCAAUUGUCGAUUGACUACGGUAAGAAGUCCAAGUUGGAGUUUGCCGUUUACCCUGCUCCUCAGGUGUCUACCUCUGUGGUCGAGCCAUACAACACCGUAUUGACUACUCAUACCACUUUGGAGCACGCUGACUGUACCUUCAUGGUCGACAAUGAGGCCAUUUAUGACAUGUGCCGCAGAAACCUUGACAUCUCCAGACCAAGCUUUGGUGCUUUGAACAGCUUGAUAGCCCAAGUUGUUUCCUCUGUUACUGCCUCUUUGAGAUUCGACGGCUCUUUGAAUGUCGACCUUAAUGAGUUCCAAACCAACUUGGUGCCUUACCCUAGAAUUCAUUUCCCAUUGGUCUCAUAUGCUCCAGUAUUCUCUAAAGCAAGAGCUAGCCACGAGGCCAACUCUGUGUCGGAAAUCACCGCCUCUUGUUUCGAGCCUGGAAACCAAUUGGUGAAGUGUGACCCAAGAUUGGGUAAAUACAUGGCCACCUGUUUGUUGUACCGUGGUGAUGUUGUGACCAGAGACGUCCAGAACUCUGUUGCCCAAAUUAAAGCCAAGAAGACCGUCCAAUUAGUUGACUGGUGCCCCACUGGCUUCAAGAUUGGUAUCUGCUACCAGCCACCUACCGCUAUCGAGGGCUCCGAGUUGGCCUCCGCUAAGAGAGCCGUGUGUAUGUUGUCUAACACUACUGCUAUUGCCGAGGCUUGGAAGAGAAUCGACAAGAAGUUCGACUUGAUGUACUCCAAGAGAGCAUUUGUGCAUUGGUAUGUUGGUGAAGGAAUGGAAGAAGGUGAGUUUACAGAGGCCAGAGAGGACUUGGCAGCUUUGGAAAGAGACUACGAGGAAGUCGGAACGGAUUCGUUCCCUGAGGAAGAAGAGUACUAA